CCUCUGCUCCUUCAUCUCCACUGAUCCUGGAUGAGGCUAAGACAGCCACGAUCCCAGAAUUCCCUCUGACAGUGCUGCAGACACAGCCCAAUUGUGAAGUGUAUCCAGAUCUGCACAAAAUAAUCCAGGAUAAAUUCAUGGAGAUCGUGUCUCAGUAUUUCAAAGCGGUGCCCUCCAAUCCACACUACUUCUUCUACUGCCCACCAUCAUCCAAGAAAGAUGAGGACUCAGAAGAUUGUGAGACAGGGAGGAGACCCAGUGAGGAGAUGCUGUCAGAGGCUGAGCCAGCUACUGAAGACGAAAACAUGUCGGGCUGCUGCAUCAUGACAGAGAGCGACACAGAUUUGGUGGUAGAGUACGAGGAGCAUCCGGGCACCAGCUCCCACAGAGAGGGCGAAGACCAGUCCCUGUCAGACUCCAACACUGUCAACCAGGACCAGGACUCCUUCAGCAUCCUGGAGGGAGACUCCCUGUUGGAGCCCGAGGGGCCACAGCUGGACAUGCCGCCGCUGUUCGUUCAUGUCACUUGUUCCGUCAAUAUGAAAAGCUGUCACGGCUCCAUGCCCAUACAAACACUGCCUACCUGCCUCGGUGAGAUUAUUUCCUGCCUGGAGAACGCUGAGGCCUUACAGUCUGUGGAUUUGGAUGAGCUCUCAGUCACAUUAGAUAUCUUUGUCCUGACGCUACCUGUGGAGAUUGAAGUCAUGGCGGAUUUCCAUCACGACAGGUACACCUCAGAAAGCAGCGUGUCUCUGAAUCGUUCACCAGGACAGCCCUCCUCCUAUCGCUCUGAUGAGGAGCUGAUGGCAGUGUUGGACAGCCUGAGGGGAGCCGGUGCUGAUGGGGUCUCUGGUGAUCCCUUUUCCAAACUUCCAGUUCCUCACAAGUUAGCAAUUCUGGCCACAAUGGACGAGAUCCGCUGGCUGCUGGAGGAUGAGAUUGUUUCUGCUCUGCGUCACUCCCGGCGCAUCAGCUCAGCAAUGCUGCACAAAGUAGCAGAGCAUGUGGUGCGAUCGAGCGGGAGACCACACUGUCACUGUAAAGAUGUGCCACUGCAGUUUGUCUUUGGGCCUGAGCAGUCUCUGGAAAAAUUCAAAGAGGAGUUCCGCAGAAUGUCGUUCUCUGGCUACGUGUUGAACGGAGAACAGGACAGCUUCUACUACUUGUCCCUCAGCAGACUGCACCCUCAGAGGAUACAUGCUGCCAAGAGGCUGUCUGAGAGCACUGCUGACCCCCCACAACACAGCAACCCCUUCAGUGCUGGAGCACAGGUGAAGGCGAUGCUAGAGAGGGAAGCAGGGACUCAGGCAGCAGAGGCAGACAGCGAGAGUGAAGACAAGACGUCCAUCAGUGUUUCUGCUGACGCUUCCUGUGACACAACUGCAGAAGCCAGCGAGCCAAUCGGAGCCUUGAAGCCUGAGGCACAUGACGCUGUCUCUCAGUCCUCAAUUAGCAUGGUGGGGGACAGAGGUCAUCCCAGCACCUCCCAGCUACAGACUGAACGCUGCCCAGAGCCCACCUCACCCCCCAAGACACCAUCCAGUGUCAGCCUGGCUGAGUCCAUGCAGUCAGCGUCUCACAGCUGUGGCAAACUCAGGCCGAGUCGAGUCCAGAGUGUCGUCUCCAGCCAGGGCAGUCUGGACUCAGACAUGCAGGGUUAUGAUGGUGGCAGCAGUGACUCUGAGUGCGAGAGCCCCACCCUGGAUGAACAGGAGUGUCAGUCACCUCUGAUGCCUGACUUCUGGCUAAUUGUUAAGAUCCACCAGGACAGAGUAAAGGUCUACUCCCACUCCAGGUGCUUCACAGAAGAAAAAGAGGCCAGUGCUGAGGAGCUGGAGAAGAAGGAAGAUCAGGAGCUGCCUGAAUAUUUACAUCUGCAUCAAAUGGUGGUCAGGAAGAUAGGUGAAAUCUGCAGAAUAGUCAAUCAGCGUAUGCUGCUGCAAGACCUUCACGACAGCCAUGUGUGUAACUCUCUGCUGGUGGCCGAGAGUGAAGAAGACAUCUGGAAGAACGAGUCUCUCUACAGGCAGAGGCUCAACACCUCCGAUGAUUACAACACAGAGGAUAGCUACCAGGCCAUUAACUACCUGGCGGCCACCAUGCAGUUCAUCCCUGGACAUUUUGCCUGUGAUGUGGUGUGGAGCACAAUCAUCCACAUUCACCCACGCCUUAAGAUGGGCCCCAACAUGGGGGUAUCCAGGGCGAUCCAGGCCCUGCGCUCUGUGCUGAACUCUUUCUGCGUGGUCAACCGUAAGAACAUGUUUGUCUACCAGGAGCGUACAACCAAAUCAGUCUUCUACCUCAGACUUUGUGAAACAUCACUAACAGGAAAAUACUCCGAUGUGGAUGGAAACGUCCACAUGACUCGCUCCAUUGGGCUCGCCAGGAGUCAAGAGCCCUUGUUUUCUGAGGAUGUUAUGGGCUCCAGGUCUUCACUGGACGGCGCACGGCCAGUUGGACAGGUAGACAAGCACAUCCUGCUGCUCGUGCAUGGAGUGGGAAGCGCAGGCCCAGAGAUCACAGACGAGCUGGUCAAGGUGCUGCGCAAGCGCCUGGAUGAGACCACCUUGGACAUCAUCACUGUCAUGCUUGUCAGGAACUGCAAGCUGACCCCAGCUGAUGUGGAAUUCAUCCAGCCAUCAGGAUCUCCAGCCACCGAGGUAAUGAACUUCAGACUCCCCCAGUACUGUCUUCCCUGGCUGCCCGCUGUGGCUCACUACCUCAGGCAGAACCUCCUCAUCUUCCUGCAUAUACCCAAGUACACCGACAGCAACACAGCACACCACUUCAAGCACUACUUCCAUAUGAGCAGCGACUUGGCUGACGGUGAUCUCUACCUCUACAAUAAACCUGGAGGCCAGGGGACGGGAGGCAAAGGUAUUGCCUGCAUCGCCCUCUCAUUUGUGGAUGCCCAUGGUCGUCCCCUCCAGGUUCCAGCUCAGGACUGUGCUACACUGCAGAGAUCAGAGAACUGCACCAUCCCCUUUCAUCCGGACCAUUUCGAUGAGCUGACCACUGUGUGCAAAGUGUACUCCAUCGAUGUCAGCUCAGGCACAGAGCCACAGCUGUAUGUGCAGUUUGACAUCUGGGAACAAGGCAACGUCAGCCCCUUACAGUUAAGUGAUAAACUGCAGGGGGCACUUCGCCACGCACUCUGUGAUGUUGUCAUGGAGCUGAGAGUUUUGCCAAAUCCUCUUUGUCUAGGGGUGCUGUGCCCCACAUCCAAAUCUCAGAAAGAAGAGGCUACAGGAGUGUUGAUUCCUGAGGUGAAAGAAGUGAAGGACAGCCCCAGGCAGCGCAGUAGUACAAGAGUCUUUAAAACCAGCCCUUCUCCCAUCACCUUAACCCAAGCUCCGGGAAGCACCCCCAUGACAGGGACAAGCACACCCGAGUCCACCACACCCACUAGCAAGAGCAUUCGCCGGAGCUUCUGGGACAUACUGAGUAAGCCAGACUCAUCAGAGCUCGGGAGCCCAAAGACAACUGACGACAUAGUGCAAGAAAAAGGAGAGGAGGGUCGAGCAGCACGACGAAGACACAAAACGGAGAACGUAAAGCAGCAGUGGAGCAGGAGAAAGCUAUGGCUGUGGAGCUGGAGCAGGCCCAGAGGAGGCAGGCGUCUCAUUUGGAAGAGGGCGAUGCGGGCACUCUACACCCCAUCUACCAAGUCACCUGCCAGCCAUGGAUCACCUUCAUGGCUAAACUUGGCUGCCACUCCAUACAACAGUGCACGGCUGAAAUUGCUUCACACUUCCUGCUACCUUCCAUCUUGGCAGAGAUUGUGAAUUUGGUCAGUUCUCUGGCCAGUGAUACAACAGUGAAGGCAUUUGAGAAGACAAGCUGUCCCCCAUCUGGAGACAUGUUUGUACCAUUCCCUCUGGUCCAGAACCUCAGACAGCCUCCAGGCACUACAAGGAGCUUCAUUCUCAUUGGUCGCAACUUCCAUCAGUGGCACUGUAGCACAGAGCAAG